AUGUUCGCUCCUCUUCCUACACUUUUAUUUUUCAUACAUUUCUCUUCAACCAUGAGUGAAAACCCACUACUAAUGACAACUGGAAAUUCUGGACAAACAACAAAAACAGCUGAAUGCGUUUUAAAACUCUCCGCUAAAUAUUUCGUGGAGAAAAAGGCUCUAAGUGGCAGCAUCGUGAUAAUCAACAUCAACUCUUAUACUUCAACCACACAAGGCCUGUUAUUGCAAACUGUACACAGCGGUAUCAAAUAUUCUAUUAUGGUAAAAGAUUCUUUUUACCCGCAUGCAAACGCUUCACAUUUCCCUGAGAAAGCGAAAAAUUAUAUGUUGAUUUUGGAAGAGAAAUCUGAACUGGAGAGGAAUAUACUACAAUUGAAUAAAUUGCCAACUUGGAAUCCUCUUGCGAAGGCCAUAGUAUUUUAUCAGCUGAAACAUAAUGAGACCGCUGAGGAGACGUCUAUAGAAUUCAUUAACGAACUUCGCGAUUACAAGUUAUUUAAAACAAUCGUGUUCAUUUACGACGAGUAUAAUGAUGUGGUUAUAUCUUAUACUUGGAGGCCGUACAGCGAUACUAAUUGUGGGGGAAGAUGUGAUUCAGUGUACGUGCUCGAUCGAUGUACUAAUAACACGAUUUACGAGUUUGAGAAGCAGCAUGACAUGUUCCCGUCAGACAUGAAAGGCUGUCCUUUGGUAGCUUACGCUGUCAUAGCUGAGCCUUACGUAAUGCCUCCAGUAGGAAAGAUAACUAAUUCCUCGUUCGACGAUGCUUAUGAAUUUGCGAAAGGCGGUGAAAUAAACCUUGUGAAAAUCAUUAGCCAAUUCACAAACAUGUCCCUUAUAACAAGAACGUCGGAUAUUUUGGAAAAUUGGGGCGUGGUGUAUCAAAAUGGCACAGCUACGGGUGCUUUUGAAGUAUUGAGAAAUGAGUCAGCGGACCUGGUGAUUGGUAACGUAGAAGUGACGAGGAUCCUCCGAAAGUGGUUCCAUCCGACUGUGAAUUAUCUACAAGACGAGAUGACGUUUUGCCUACCAAAGGCAGGUCAAGCACCUACAUGGGACAAUCUGGUAAUCAUAUUCCAAUGGACUACAUGGGUCGCUACUUUCUUUAGUCUGGUGAUAAUGGGUCUGGUAUUCCACGUGUUUUAUUACAGAGAGCAUACCAACGCAACAAAAUGGCCGACAAAUUCUUUGCUGAUGACGUUUAGCAUGCUGCUUGGUUGGGGAGCGUCAUUCGAACCCAAAAGCCCCACUUUCCGCAUCUUAAUAUUCGCUUGGCUCUGCUUCAGUAUAAACAUGGGGAUAUCAUACGAAUCGUUUCUCAGAAGUUUCCUAAUGCACCCGCGAUUUGAAAAGCAGAUAAGUACCGAGGCGGAUCUUAUACAGUCUCGAAUUCCGUUGGGAGGUAGAGAGAUUUAUAGGUCUUAUUUUGAGACUAAUAACGCGAGUUCGUUUUAUUUAUAUCGCGAGUACAAUUCGACUACGUUCUCGGAGGGCGUGAGGCGGGCAGCUCUGGAGAGAAACUUCGCUGUUGUUUCGUCGAGGCGUCAAGCCGUCUACCAAGACCAGAAAUUGGGUAAAGGGGCUCCGUUAAUUUACUGCUUUCCUGAAAGUAAUAAUAUGUACAAGUAUGGCGUCGCUAUUCUUACGAGAAGAUGGUUUCCGAUGUUGGAACGGUUUAACAAUAUUAUUCGAAGUGUUUCGGAGAAUGGAUUGAUUGAUAAAUGGAUGAACGAGCUUUUGAUACACUCUGUUAGUUCUGAAGAAGCUAGUACUAUAAUGCCUUUAAGUAUUCAGAAUUUAUUGGGAGCGUUUAUGUUCAUAGGUUUUAUGUAUGGGGCUAGUAUCGUUAUAUUUAUCGGGGAAGUAGUAAUAGGCUUUAUUGAAAAAAGAAAACAAACCAAAAAGGUCAUGAAUAAGCGUUUGCGUUAA